AUGCUAGCGCAUAACCCACACUACCCACACGUAAAUACACCGUGUCAGAACAGAAGUUUUGGACCCCAAAACUCAGUAAAGGCGGGGAAACCAAGCAACCAGAACUUGUCUAGUAGUAGUACAUGGCAGGAAAGCAUCUGAAAAAGACAUCCAAUGAAUAGUCGUCUAAAAACAUCAAGGAGAAGUGACGGUGAAGGUUGCGUACUGUGAGACCGGUACGGCCGAUAUGGUGUGCCCAUCAGGGUCCCGUUGCGGAUGGUGGCGUUGGGUCGUCACAUUCGCGACUUUCGGUCAGUUUUGCUUAACUUUUGGACUCCUGUUCAACUUCAGCAUACUGUUUGUGAGCCUGCAGGAGGAUUUCCAUUCCAGCUCGGCAUUGACAGGUUGGCUAGGGUCCUUGGCAGCUGCACUGGCUGGCCUUGCUAGUCCUCUCUGCUCUCUUCUUACACACAAGCUGAGCGGUCGAAUCGUCACCAUCUUGGGGGUCAUUGCCUUCUGCGCAGGACUGUUGACGACGUCAUUCGUUCCCGUGCCAACGCUGGGAUACGCCUUCUUCACGUAUUCGGUCUUGACGGGCGUGGGCGCCAACCUGACCACGAAUGCCUCCUUUGCCCUGCUGCUUGACUGGUUUGCCAAGGCGAACUUCUCGCGGGCGAGCGCCCUCGCUCUAUUGGGAUCCUCAUGCGGUAUGCUUGCCUUUAGCCCUUUGUUGACAGCCUUAAUAACUCACUACGGAUGGCGUAAUGCGCUGAGAAUUCUCAGUGGUGGAAUUCUCGUGAUCGGGAUAGCUGACGGUCUGCUGCUGGCUGACCCACCAUCAACCGAGGACUACACUAGGGCGCCCGAUGAGUCUCCUGGUGAUGAGAAACAUGAAUUGGAGAGCAUGGUCCCGGGGAAGCAGGUUCAUGAUGACGGCUGCAUUGAAGAGACUGACGAUGAUGCACGAGAAACUGACAACAAAAGUACCAACGACGAGGAAGCACACAUUUCAAAUCAAGGAUCUCCCGAAGUUGGAGAAGAGAGACAUUUUCGUGGAAGGCUAAUUAGUGCUUUAACGAACCCUGAGGCUUGGGCGUGGUACUUUGCUACAGUUUUCUCAUUUUUGGGCUGGACUUUCUUCAAUAUUAAUUACGCUAGUUUCAUGGACGGACUUGGUCUGGACAGCAACAGCAUUGCCUCUGUCAUCAUGUCCUUUGCUUUGGCGGAACUUGGUGGGAAGGUCCUGAUAGCCGUGAUUGGAGAUCAUCUGCCUUUCUUGUCUCUGUAUCUGUUGAUGGCCUCAUGUCUCUUUGGAACCAUCGUUCUGGGGUUUCUGACCAUUGCCAAGACGUUUGAUGUGAUCGUGCUUCUUGCAGUGGUUUCUGGGGUUCUACGGUCAGGCAUCUAUGCAGCACAAUUUACAGCUGCAGCUGAACUUUUCCACGAGCAGUAUGGCACUAAUGGUGUCAUGGUUAUGACGUUAGUUCCCACCGGGAUCGGAGUUCUGAUUAGUGCACCAUUAGCAGGUGUACUGUAUGAUGUCACGGGUGACUACAUUCUUUGUCUACUCAUCAUUGCCGGCCUCUUCGUUUGCGCUUCAGCCGCCUAUAUAUUUAUUCCAGUAAGGAGGAGAAUUAAUCAGGCCGUGCAUGUUAGUGUAAACACGCCCACCCUCCAGACAAACUCAUAAAGCUUGUAUUCCUACUUGUUUCAAACACAGACGAAUCCGUGCACUUGAUCGCUGUGCACUCCCGAGGCCCCCUUCAAUGGAGAAACUAUUGUGCAACUUAAUGUACAAAGCAACUUCCCCUGGACGGAUGAACGAUAGCUAGCAUAGUGCUUUUGCCAUUGAAGGGGGUCCCACGGUGAUAAAAGCGAUAGCAUUAUUGGUUUACGAUAAUGACUAGACAUAUCGGCACGACACUGAAAUAAGGCAGUGUGUUUGAAUUGGUCAUUUAUGGUUGCAGACCAGUAAAUAAACUUAGACCCCAAUGGUA